GCCAUCUGAGUGUGCCAUAUAUAUAUGUACGAUGAUCAUGACCUGACAACAAAGACUGCCGGAAGUCGACCAACUAACACCAAUCAACAAAAUGGAGUCUUCAAGUGCUAACUUGGAGAUAAGCGUGAAAUAUCUACGCCGUAUUUUGAAUUUUGAAGAUGAACAAAUACUUGAAUGUCUUACUACAUUAUCAAACGAGCUACACAGAUUCAUGAAUUCUGCUGAACUCACGAAUGAAGCCAUCGAAAUUCUUAUUCAUCUUGUUGCAUGUGCAUCACGGAGUGAACAACAGUCGUCACGACAAAAAGUUCUUCAACUUCUCCAAUCGAUGACUGAAUCACCGGUUUUGAACAACAAUGGAGCAAAACUACUAAUAUCAAAAAGUAGCAAUUGCAAGAAUUUCCAUUCAUACCAAUGCCUUCUUAUUGAUUUUCUUUUUAUACUUCAAAAAUUAAACGGGACGAUUCCAUCAGCACUUAAUACGCCACAAAAAAUUGGACUGGUUUCUCUUCUCAAGAAAGAAAUUGAAGGAUUUGAUGAUUUGAAGAAUGAUCAACAAGUUUUAGAAAAUAUCAAUGAACUUCAGAAAUGUCUGAUAAGAAAACUUACAGAAAGGGCUGAAGCAGCAAGAAAUUUCAAGAAGAGAGAAAAAGAUUCCGAGGAUUGGUUAAAACCACCUGACGACUUCCGGUGUCUCUCUGUAAUGCCACAGGAAGAGGAUCUACGGUACCAAACGUUGUUCCUCCGACGGAACAAAGCUAAAGGUAAAUACAAUGAUCUAGACCACUACUUAGACGUUCAGUUUCGACUGUACAGAGAGGACUGUAUUGUACCACUACGAGAUGUCUAUGAAAAAUUCAUUAAAAAAGAUGCAGAAAAUGAGAAUUUCCGAUUAGAAAACGGACGUAUCUACAGAGAUGUCAACGUACAAAGGGAAACAAGUACUUCAAUAGAUCAUGGCGAAGUAUUUAGUAUUCAAUUGGAUGACGAACAUAGACAGCGUAUCCGCUGGAACAAUUCAAAACGACUGAUAUUCGGAUCAGUUUUGCUAUUGUCAUUUGAUCGUUUCAAAUCGACAUUAUUUGUAUUAGUUUCCGAAUCUAAACCAGACGAGAUGAAAGAGACAGGUACUUUUAGAAUUAAGAUUUUCAGAACUAGACUGAAUCAGCAGAUACCCCGAGAAACCCCAGGAAUACUACUCGAAGCAACAUCCGCAUAUUUUGAGGCAUAUCAUCAUGUUUUGACCGCUAUGCAAUCAAUUAAAGAAGACAACUUACCAUUUCAGAAGUAUAUCGUUUCUUGCAAUAGCUCUGUUGGAAUGCCAUUCUAUCUUGCCAUUGAUCCUGAUAUAAAAUUUGAUUUAGGACCAGUGCUAUCUGUAAAGCACACCAAACACGAGUCCAGUGACAGUUCUGAUGACGAGAAAGUGUUUGACGUAGACAUAAGUCCAUUGCUGACAGGAAGAGAAAAAAGGACGAAGAAAAUGUAUUUCAAAGAAUAUAUGAUGAAGGUGACAGAUAAAGAUGAAUGGCCAUCUGAAGAAGAACUUGGAAUGGACGAGUCACAAAGGAAAGCAUUUAUCUCCUCUUUAACAAAAGAAUUUGUCCUGAUUCAAGGACCCCCUGGCACUGGAAAAACAUACAUUGGUCUGCAAAUUGCAAAAACAUUGCUUCACAACAGAGAAAAAUGGAAAAUAAUACGAGGUUAUGAUCAAAAUGGAGAAAGGAUUGAGAGGAAACAAUGCCUCUUAAUUGUUUGCUAUACAAAUCACGCUCUUGAUCAGUUUGUUGAAGGAAUUAUUGAUUUUAUUCCUGAAAAAGAAUUAAAUAAUAAAAUACCAUCUGUAAUAAGAAUUGGAAACCAAAGUAAAAAUGCGGCUGUUAACAAAUAUUCUAUAAAAAAUCAGCGGCAUAAAGUUCAAAGAAGACAGCAUGCUCAAGAGGUGCUUGAAGCAGCUAAUCGUACAAAAAAACUAUUUUUUCUAUUCGUGCAAUAUUAAAAAUCAUUCAAGGCCAGGACGUUGUUCUCCAUUUUCGACAGUUGAAGAAAUUUAUGUCAGAACGCCAUGUUCAUAAUUUUCAGAACGAUACCUCAAAUGACUGGUUAGACUGGAUUCAUAUUUUUCCAAAAUCAUGGUUUCUAGAAGUUCAGAGGAAAAGGUCACAGAAAAAACGCAAACGAAAAGCCGUCAAAACUAAAAUCAGUGCAAAUUUACAGCAGCCUGUUAUUAACAUAGUGACAGAAGCCGAAUACGAAUACAGUGAAAGGUCAUUAGAUGAGAACGUAGAAUUCAAGUUUAAUGAGAAUUCCAUCGGCAUUAAUGUCAACAAUCAGUUAAGUGAGAUCUUAACCGACUUGCAAGACCGAACAUGUAUACAAAUUUUACACGAAGAGGCCGAAAUAGUUUCAAUUGAGUUAAAAUCAAGUAUUACAGCAAAUCAUAAUUUGAUUGAGAGAACGGAAAACUUGUGGAAUCUUUCUUUUGAGAAUCGCUGGAAAUUAUAUCGCCAUUGGCUUCGAAAGUAUGUCGAAGACCUGAAAGAAAUGCUUAAGAUGAAAGAGAACGAGUUCAAUGAAAUAUUUGAAGAUUACAAAAAGGCCAGAUUAGAGCUGGACGAGGAAAUCUUAAAACAUGCAUCUGUUAUCGCUAUGACUACAACUGGUGCUGCGAAAUACCAUCAGUUGCUGAUGCAAAUAGGCCCCCAAAUAACAAUCAUUGAGGAAGCUGCAGAGGUACCAGAAGCUCACAUCGUGACUGCAAUUAAUCCAGCAUGCGAACAUCUAAUUUUGAUCGGUGAUCACAAACAAUUAGAGCCGAAACCAGCGGUUCGUGAAUUAGCAACACGGUUCAACCUUUCGCUUUCAUUGUUUGAGAGAAUGCUCAACAAUGGUUUAGAAUACGACUGUCUGCAAAGACAGCAUAGAAUGAGACCAGAAAUUUCCGAAUUAGUGAGGCACAUGUAUCCUAAGCUUUAUGACAAUAACAAUGUUCUAGAGUAUGACAAUAUCAAAGGUAUUCGACAAAAUCUGUUUUUUAUUACUCAUGAGUACGGCGAACAGUACAAUAGAGAUGGUAAAAGUUUUUCAAACGAGCAUGAAGCAGAAUAUGUGAAAGAACUUUGCACUUAUCUAUUGAAGCAAGGCUACAAACGAAGCGAAAUUACAAUUCUUGCUGCGUACACAGGUCAGAUGUUUUUGAUACGAAGCAAAAUGCCCAGAGUUCACUUUGAAGGAGUUAAUACAUGUGUAUUGGACAAUUACCAGGGAGAAGAGAAUGAGAUAAUAUUAUUGUCUUUGGUGCGCAGUAAUGAUAACGGUGACAUUGGAUUUUUGAGACGUGGAAAUAGAAUUUGUGUUGCUUUAUCAAGAGCGAAGAAGGGUCUUUACAUUAUUGGUAAUAGUACAACACUGACAAAAGAUUGUAAAGAAUGGAAAACAGUGGUAAAGAAAAUAAAGUCAAAUAACAAAGAAGAUACGAACCAUGAAUUUCCAAGGACAGAUUGUGGAACGUCAUUUGGUAAAGCUUUACCAUUGUACUGUCAAAACCACCCAGAACAAGAAGGUAUUCGAGCCGAAUUUCCUACAGAUUUCACAAGAGCACCAGAAGGUGGAUGUGAACUGUUUUGUGGAAUGAAAUUGAAAUGUGGUCAUGUUUGUCACUUGAGGUGUCACCCAUACGAUAAAGACCACGUAGUGUAUGAAUGUAGAAAAAUGUGCUUAAACGAAUGUGAAGAAAGUCAUAAAUGUAACAAACGCUGUCAUUUUCCAAAAUCAUGUGAUUGUGAAGUUAUAAUGGAAAGGACACUCCAAUGUCAUCACACAGCAAAGCUCAUGUGCCACAUUGAUCCAUCAGAACACCAAUGCCUUGUGGAAGUGAAGCGUACGUUAAAAUGUGACCACAGCAUCAUCUUGAAAUGUCAUAUAAAUUAUGAUACAUAUAUGUGCAGAAAAAUUGAUACUUGUACGCGAGACGACUGUGGUCAUGAGUAUAAACGGGAAUGUCACGACAUUGCUUUUGAACGGAGACACAAAUGUGAAAUAAAAGUUGAAAAAACUCUGAAAUGUGGACACAUAGAAAUAAUCAAAUGUUAUCAAAAUAGAGAUGGAUCAUACCUUUCUUGCAAAAAGAAAUGCCUAAAACAGUGUAACAACAAUCAUAUUUGUGAUCGCGUAUGCCAUUUUUCUUCCGAAUGUCAUUGUAACGUAAAGAUAAAUAAAACAUUACCACGGUGUGGUCAUAAUAUUCUUAUUGAAUGUUCGGAAGAGGUUGACCAAUUAACAAGUUGCACGGAACAAGUAGAUUUUACCCUGGAAAUAUGCGGACACCAUCAAAAUAUAUCUUGCAGUGAGAAGCACAAAAUUGAAACAGCUGAACUGAGGAAGAGAAAGUUAUAUGAAAAGCGUAUCAUGUGUCUCGUGAUUAUUCCAGUAGACUUACCUGAAUGUGGCCACACAAAACUUGCCGAAUGCUGGAAGUCGUUUGAAAUCAAAGAGGCCGACAAAUAUAUGUUGAAACAUAUACAAGAUAUGUAUGACCUGAAAUGUUCAAAGGAAGUAGUUUUUGAUUUAGAGUGUGGUCAUUCAAUAACAACAGAGUGUUACAAGAAACUUAAUUACGAGAAGAACUGUGCAUUAACGCAAACAGAGGGAAAAGCUGGUAUUGAAUAUGAAACUAUGGUUGAUCUAAAUUUAGUAUGUGGUCAUACAACCGCGGUCAAAUGCUUUGAACGGUUUCAAUACGAAAACAAGAAAAAACUGAUCGCCUUACCUAGAGCAUUUGCAAGAACAUAUACAAAUAUUAAAUGUUCAGCAAUUGUGGAUAUUGAGCUCAAUUGUGGCCAUAUAGGACAAACAACGUGUUGGGAAAAAGAAAACAAGACGACAAGCUGGAAUAAACUAGUUAGCGAUUGCAAAGCACUUGUUGAAAUACGAAUGGACCAAUGUGGGCACACGAAAAUGGUUGAAUGUUAUCAAAAGCACAACAAAUUCGAAUGUCAUGAACAUUCUGUCUAUACGUACCCGAAAUGUGGACAUGAAAGGUACUUUGAAUGUUGUCAACAUCCAGAUAUGCAAAAACUGCAACUUAAAGCCUCAACUGCACUGAGAAGGGGUGGUUUGGGAAGGAGGUAUGAUUAUCGCGAGGAAAUCGACCGUAAAAUACCGUUAUGUGAACAUCUGAUAGACAAGCAACUGCCUUGCGGUCAUAAGAUAACUGUUCAAUGUAGAAUUUCCGACCAAGCAGUUUGCAAUCAAAAGUGUGAACAAAUUUUAAUUUGCGGUCACUCUUGUACAAAUACAUGUACAUUAUGCGAAGAAAACAUCAUUCACAAAGAAUGCAUGCGCAAAUGUGGUAGGCGUUUGUUCUGUGGUCAUUAUUGUGACAGUAAAACAUGUAUGCAAUGUAGACCGUGUGAUAAGUUCUGCUCUUUUUCAUGUGCUCAUGAUAUUUGCAAGCUAAAUUGUAGAGACAUUUGCGUUCCUUGCAAAAUGUCAUGCCCUUGGAAGUGCCCGCACUUUCAAUGUUCGAAAUUAUGUUCAGAAGAAUGUGAUCGACCACUUUGUUCAGAAGAGUGUGAACAUAAACUGACUUGUGGUCAUAAAUGCCCAGGAUUUUGUAGCGAGCCAUGUCCAGUUUCUUGCAAGGGCUGCGAUGCAGCAAACUUUAUGGAAGGUAAUGAAGGAAUAAAAACCGUCACAAUAGAAAAAUGCGGACACUCAUUUGGGUAUAUGUUUCUCGAUAGACACAUGGAAACUACUGCUAACGACUUAACCUCCCAAUGUCCAGGUUGUGAGCAAGUUUUUUAUUGGCAUCCACGGUAUGAUAAAAUACUAAAAAGGAAGAAAAUGUUAACAGAAGAACUUAAGGAGAACUUUCAAAAGGUAACAAAAAAGUCUAACUACACAUUUCCAUUGUGUGAUUCAAAAAUUGUUCAACAAUUCCACAAUUAUAUUGGGUCAUUUAAUACCUAUGUACAAAUCAUUAGCUACAUAGCUCGAGACACGAAAAAAUUUGAGAUUAAAUCCCUUCAAGCAUAUGCUGAAAAAAUGUCGAAGGCAAUGAGAAAGACAAAAAGUAAAUGCCUACAGAAUUGGAUAGAUAUAUAUGAUGCGAUAUUUCGUUUAUAUGUAAAUUGGAUGUUACAACUUGUAACAAGCAAUGAAAAACUUCUUGAAAGAAACUUCAAUGAUAAAAAUAUAACCCAAAAUCAAGAUGAAAAUGAUAACAUAUAUUCACAUGAUAUUACUGAAGAUAAUAUAGAUUCCUCUUCUGAAUUCAUAGAAUUAAAGACAUCUAAACCUGUCAUAAAAGGUAUUGAGGGUAACGAUGGGGACACUAAACUCGAAGUUAUUGAUCUAUCAGCUUUG